ACUUGUUCACUCAUAUCUUGCGUGCAAUCCUCGAUAUCAGCAUAUAGCAUCCACCCAACAUGGAUUUCGCCAGCUUAAUGCAAUCGCAGAUCACCUCUGCACAACCUUCAGACACCAACAAGAAAUACCUCAAGCGCUCGGAGGUAGAAGCGCAACGACAAGCCGACUACCUCCGCGAGCAAGAGGAAUUGGAACAAGCCCGCCUCGACCGUCUAGAGAAGAAGCGAAAGCGGGACGAUGAGGAGGCGGAGCGUGUGGCAGCUCGUGAGGCGAAGAAGAAGCGGUUAGCGGAGGAGAGCCGGAAGCGUGCCGAGGAGGAGGCAAAGGCGGAGGAGAAUGCGAGGAGGAAGAGGCUGGGUUUGCCGCUGCUGGAGGGGAGGAGUGACAGCAGGGAAGGCACGCCGUUGAAAGAGGGCGAGCAGGAUGUCGUAGAUGACGAGCUGCGGAUGAACCUGCGCGAUAUGGGCGAACCGACUGUACUGUUUGGCGAAACGCACCUGCAGCGACUUCGACGGUAUCGGAAGCUCACAGCCGCCGCAUUGGCGCCCAAGAUGAGCAAAGGACCUAUACCAACCACCAUCGAACUCCUCCCGGAAGCCGAGAUGAAAGUGCCGGCGAUCAUCCCUACAGAGAGCGAAGCGAAGAAAUACCUCUCCCGCCAAAUCGCCAGCUACUUCGACAUGGUUCUCACUGAGUGGCUCCUCGCCCUCUCUCGCCGCGACGCAGCAACAAAGGACUCCUUCUCCGGCAAACAGGCGUACAAUAACUUUCUCUCCGCGCGCGAGAAUCUGACGCCCUUAUUUCGCAAACUAGAAUCACAUGUCUUACCCGACGUGCUUUUGCGCUCGGUCAACGAGAUCGUGCAUCUUAUGCAGCUGAAGCAGUACGUUCGCGCCAAUGACGCGUACCUGAGGCUUAGUAUCGGCAAGGCUGCGUGGCCGAUCGGAGUGACGAUGGUAGGCAUCCACGAGAGGAGCGCGCGGGAGAAGUUGCAUGAGACGGAUAAGAAUAAGGAUGGGCAGGCGCAUAUUAUGGCGGACGAGACGACGAGGAAGAUGUUGCAGGGGAUCAAGCGGUGUUUGAGUUUUGCGCAGACGAGGUGGCCGCCGGAGGAUUUGGGGCAGUUGAUGGGGUGAUGCUGGCUGUACUGAUCUGGCUAGUGGUGCCAUGCCAUGGAAGCUGUGACUUGCUGUGACAAUGUCAAUGCAUUUGGGACGCGGCGGUCGCUUGCCGUGAUGCUUCUGCAUAGCUUCUC